AUGGGUAAGAAACCAGCACAAGGAAUACUGGCACUUAGUGACUGGAUGCAGGCAUGGGAAAUAAUUCUUCUCGAGACCAUGUCGAAACAAGAAUGCGUGAAUGCGAAACUGCAUUUCAAGAGAGCCAAUGUAAAUAACUCCCGUAGCACAUACAAAGAUACACCCGAAGCACACAUCACAUGGCGCCUGCAUCAUAACGUCUAUGAGAAUUUGGUGGAUGUCAAAGGCGAGUCUGGAAGAGACACCUAUAGAGACGAGGCGAUUGGUUAUGUGCAGUUAAAAAGAGAACGAGAUAUCUGUUUUGUAAAAGCCAGAAUUACGCCCGAACAUAGAGUUAAAAGCAAACAGCAUCAUGGCAGCUUUGAAUGCGACGAAAAGGAGGAAAAAGCAGCCAAGCUAGAAUGGAGUGGUUGUGCUGCACAAGGGGAAGGAAGAUGCAAGCAAGACUUCUUGAUGGAAGCCCGCCAGACUCAAGGAAUCAGCACACCUAAUGGUUGGACAUCAGGCGAAGUAUUCUUGAACUGGAUGCAUUUCUUCGUAGAGCAAGUAAGGCUAACAUCAGACAAAAAGGUCCUUUUACUAUUAGACAACUAUGAAAGCCACAAAUACUGCCCUGCACUUGAGUAUGCCACUAAGAAUAAUGUGGUCAUAUUAUCCUUAGCACCGCAUCUUACUCACGAAAUGCAACCUAUGGAUGUUGCUGUGUACGGCCCACUGAAAACUCAUUUUGAAAGGGAAGUCAAUAUUUUUCAAAAAUCUCACCCCGGUCGCAUCAUCAACCAGUACGAUGUAGCUAGAUUGCUAGCACCAGCUUUUAUCAAAACUGCUGUGGCCAUCAUUGCAGUGCAUGUAUUUGAACGACCUGGAAUUUGGCCUAUAAACAAUCACGCUUUUGGUGAUGAGCAUUUUGCACCAGCCGAGGUACUUUCAGGGCGUUCUCAGUCUCAACACGACGUUAAUAUGUAUGCUGCAGACCGACCGUGCACUCCUAUGGGAUCUGACACUAAGAAAGAAACCCACGACAAUUAUGCUCCCAACGCUUCACCUGGACCUGGAUGUUCUAAGACCUACUAUAGUUUUUCAGUUUUAAGACCUAUGCCUCAGCCUGCUAGACCAACAACAUGUAAACGGAAGUUACAAAGAUAUAAUAUACUGACAAGUUCUACAGUAAAAGAAGAGCAGAAACAGAAAUUUGAAAAAGGAAAAAAGCCUGUUUUAAAGUCAUUAGAUGAUGUUUCGACUAACGCUUCCCAGAAGACUGUUAAAAAAAAGAGAAGGAAACAGUAG